AUGCGCAUGCGAUGGCCCAUCGAGGGAGAGGGCCAACCAGGCCCCUCCCCAUGCCCACUGCCCACUGCCCACAGAGACGCUCAGCGAUCCAUGUCGGUAGACUCUCGACGGCGACCGGCGAGCUUCUCGCUCGGUCGUAACGGCGUCACGGGGCACAGCACAGAAGACAGAAGUGUAAGGCUCCGCAGGUGCUCUAAUUCUUGGGAAAUCGGCGGCACGGAACCGUCCGACUUUUUCUUCGGACGGAGAGGGAGGGGCAACGAUUUAGGGAGGCAACUGGGAGCUGCGGCCCAACUGCAAACUGCGCUUAGUGUUCGCGAGGCCACGUCGGCACCCGUGCCGGACUCCGAUGGGUCGGGGCGUCUGGAUGUGGAACGCGGGUGGGGACGCCGGAGAGCACGUGGGGCCCGCACGGGAAGAAGAAGAAGCAGAACAAGAACGCCCUCAGUCCAUAAAGCACCUCCGCCCCGCUCGAUCUGCCACUCAGCCUCACCAGGUGGCGACAUGUCACCCGACACGUCACGCGCCACGCAGCCCUCCACGUUCGCCCGGGUCCUAAUAACGUCCUGCUCAGCGAACGCGGAUCAUCCUACCGGUAACAGCAACUUUUGGUCCCGGAUGCCAAUGCAAGGCCUGGGCCGAGGCCUCGCUCGUUCAACGCCGAUGCUGAUGCGGCAGCCGAAGAAGCUCCUGCCUCGGCCCGUCAGAGCUCGCAGAGCAGCCACGCAGAGGCGAAAGCGACAAAUGCCAAUCGCCACAGGUGGCCCAGCAGAGCACCCUCGUCUGAGCCCGGAUCGUCUCUCGGCCCCCCCUGAGCAGCAGCAGCAGCAGCAGCAGGCAGCAGCGAGUCCGAGUCUGGGAGAUGGAGAUGGAGAUGCAGCGGAAGAGCAGGAGGUGCAGAGGAGAGGAAGCCGGAGGGGGCCCGGCCCAUGA